AUGGCAGAGGCAGUGGGCAUCAUGUCUGGGGCUUUUUUUGUUUCUCGGGGGGAACUCUUAUCGUGGCUGAACGACUUUCUCAAACUGAGUUACACGAAAGUUGAACAAGUCGCAGAUGGUGCAGCGCACUGUCAGGUUUUUGACGCUCUCUUCCCCGGGAAGGUACCGCUGCAUAAAGUGAACUUUAGCGCUCGGCAUGAGUACGAGUACGUACAGAACUAUAAGGUGCUUCAAGCGGUUUUGGAUAAAGUUGGUAUCGAAAAACACAUCGAAGUCGAGCGACUCAUUAAGGCAAGAGCGCAGGAUAACCUGGAGUUUCUCCAGUGGGUCAAAGCAGUGUUCGAUCGCUUCUACGCCGGCCAGCCUUACAACGCCGUGGAGCGACGCGAAGCCGCUGUCCGCAAGUACAACGAACAAAAGCCCGGUGUCAGCAGGGAAACCGUAGGUGCUGCGAUGAAGCGACGUCCUGUAUCGGGCCCAAAAACUGCCGCUGGCCUUCAUGCGCCCGCUGCGCGAACGCUUCGAUGCACGGGUGCGGUUAACAGCAACAUUCGGGCGCAGCGGGAGGAGGCCUAUCGAGCGGCUUCCGCUACGACGCAUCCCCGUGGCGGCACGCCCGCACAGGAAUCCACGACUUGCUCGAGCCCGGCUCAGCCGCGCACUGCAUCGCCAGGCACCAAGACGGAGCCGCCGGCCGUUAAUGCUGCAGACGGCCUGGCGCGGGAACAGGAGUCCAAGCUGAUUCAGAAAAUUACUGAAAUGCAGCUUGCCAUCGAUAAUCUCGAGAGAGAACGAACCUACUAUUUUGAAAAACUACGUGAUAUCGAGAUGCUCUGCCAGACGCAUCCGGAGCCAGAGCUACCGCUCAUCAAGGCUAUCCAAGCGGUACUGUACGACGAGCCCCUUCAAAUCGAGCGGGAUGAACCCGCUCCCGUCUCACGAGGCACAGGAGCGCAUUCUACGUCGGAUUCCCUGUUGCCGCCCGCAUCCGCAAGCGAUGUUGAGGACACUCCUGCAAGCUUCGAUUCCAUUUUUUCGAAAACGGUGAUCACGAGCUGCUCGGAACAGCAAAUGGGAGCGACGUUAGCAUCUCUUCUUUAA